CCAUGCUGCUACUUGCACGCCAAUGCUAUGGGCGCGCUUCUCCAGGGCACGAAGUGUCAAAGAGAAAUGGUAAACAAUCCAGCUAGGAUUAGGUAAAAGAGUUUGGUUAGGUGUUCUCCAAGCUGUCAAGACAAUUGUCAUUUAUCUUUCAUCAUUCGCGGUGCACCCCAGUUAAAAUGUCAAAUACGGAUGAAACGAGUGUCUACAAGCUUAUUUCACGUUUGAGUGAAAUAUUGGUGAGAGAAAACAAUUGUCCCUUGUCUGGUAACCAACAAACCCACUGUGUGAACAAGGCCCGGUCAGUCAUUUAUGGAACUAUUUUGAAAAAACAGCAUGUCCAAGAAGUGUCAAAUUUAUCAAAGAAAUUUGAGCAUAUGAAUCCUCUGUCAUGUUUGAUUGCGUGGAGGUUUCUUCUCAGUAAUAUAAAUAAGACAAAGGAAUCUUGUGAACUUGACGAUGCCAUCAGAGAGGCCUUCGAUACAGGAUGGGAAGAUGCUCCCAACCCAGUCUUAAGAACACUCAUCUGCCUUGCUGAAGAUUCCAGUUCAGCCUCUUUUAGUGAAGGAGAUUCCAAUGAGCCCUUUUCAUUAUCUGAAAAACUUGGCUUUACUUCUUUAAAACAGGAUACUCAAUUUCUAGGUGCAAAGCAAUCUAGGAUUUAUCCAUCUUUGCAUCCAGAUGUUUUUAAGCCUCCUGCAUGGAUGAACCUUAGUCAGAGUGCAUCUUCUUUUGGUGGCUAUGCUACUUCUUUCCCAUUCAACAAAGAGCCAGGGAAGGGUCUCCCCCUCUUUGAAAGAUUUAGUGGGUUAUGUCCAAAGGGACAUACUUCAGAGCGUUCUGUGUAUCAAGUACGAACAAUUCCACCCUUGACUGGCCCUAGCGAGUUAAAUCUUUCAUCAAAUUUUACCCCACCGAAUUUGGAAGAUGAAGGGUACUUCACCCCAAUAACUGAAUCUGCAAACCCUAAUCAUGCAUUUUCUAACAAUGAAUAUAAAGACCCAACAGAAAUUUGGUCAAAGGCGCUAAAUGUUAAUUUGCCUGAACGGAAAACAUGGGAAUCACUGGGUAUCAUUGAUACCAAGCCUGAACCAAGUUUCCUAUCUGCAGGUGGCCCAAAAGCUGUUGAAAAUUUAUCUGUUCUCGUCAGUAUUUACCAGGAUGUUCUUAAAACUCAACACAUUCGCGACCCUAAACCAACAUCCAGGGCUGAUUUCACUCGUGAUGUCUUUUUUCUUCUAAAUGGCCUGGAGUCCAGCAUAUUUCCUUUUAUUCAGGAAAGUGACUGCUUUGUAGUACGGAAUGGUAUCUGGCUUGAGGGCUACAGCGUGCAGGGCACCAGGACCCUGUGUCAGGACUUUUUAUACUGUGGAACUCACUUCCGAAGACUUGAGAAACUGUCACACUCUUCUGUGGCUCUGGAAAAUGAUGGAUUAAUCAUAUGUGCAUUAUUGGCUUGUGUGCAACGUUGGACUCAGUUCUAUCGGGGAGCUGUUCUAAUUCUUUCAUCUCAUGUCAAAUCUCAAGGAAAUUCUAUCUUACUGUAUGAAUUAUUGGAGCACAUACAGUCUCUUAAAAACCAGGUACAGUGCCUAUCAACCUUAUGUCGUGUAGAUGGCAUGAAAGAUGAGUCAUCAACUCUACCAAGUGGUGUUGCUUUGUUGGCACACAUAUACAGGGAAGCUUGUAAAUCAAACAACCAGCAAAGUAACCUUCUUUACUCAGCCUUAAAGUCAUGCUGUGAGGUCUAUUUACAUUGCCUUGGGCGAUGGAUAUUCUUGGGAGACUGCACAGAUAAGACAAAUGAAUUUUUUGUCCGCAAAGACAUAAAAUUUUCUGGUCAUCGAGACCGAUCUUUCUGGGUUCAAGGGUUUAUUUUAGAUAAAAAAGCAGUGCCUGGAUUUCUUCAAGGAUUAGAAACUGCAGUAUUUGAUUGUGGACGAGCAAUGAAUCUCCUACAGCUUUGCAGUCCACAACAUCCUUUGUGUGUGUGGUUAGAGAAAGAGCACCCCACUAUACAUUGCUGCUUAUACAAGUCAGAUUUAGGGAAGGUUCAAAAAGAAUGUGCUCAUUUUGAGGAAGAGGCGCAAAGAGUGUGUGGUGAAUUACUGACAGCAUCAAAGCUCUUCCAAGAGGAAAGUGAUCGAGAGGCCCAUUUGCAUGUUUUAAUGCAGAAAGCACAGAAACAGAGAGAAGCAAUUCGAGCAUCACUAAAAAUGCAAUUAGAAAGAGAAAAGGCUGAAAUGAAAGAAAAACAGAAUGCUGAUCUGAAGGCCCAAAUUCAAGAAGUGCAGCUGAGAAAAGCAGCUGAAAAAGAGAAAAAUAGAAUAGAAGAUGAACUGUAUCUCCUUCAAUGCAAACGUCUAGAUGAAGCUGCCAAGUUUAUUGAAGAGGAAGAAAGGCUGAAAAUGUUAGCCCACUAUGAAGAGCUAGGAAAAAUUGUUGACAAACAAAAUCAGCAUCGAGAGUGGCAAUUGAAACGUCUCAAAAUGGCGGACGUUAGACAGACAUUUCUCUUUGAAGACAGCUUAAGCCUAGCCAAGGAAAACCUUAAAGCAGAGAAAAAUGCCAGAGCAAGAAUCGAGCUUGAAGAUAAUACAUCUGAAUCACAGAUGAUAUUGCAAACUCCAUGCCUUUCAAAGAGUGUUUCACCCUCACCUUCAUCCAAGGAAAACACUACAAGUGAAUCUCUGUGCCAAACAGAACAUUCAGACUUCUUUCAUGAAGUAGAAGGAUUUGGUAUAAGUUCUGGAGAGUUAUUAAGGCCUCAAUAUUGUGAAAAUGUGGAGAGUGCUGAAAAUUGUGUCAUUACUUCUGUUUUGGGUCAUGCAUCUGAUGAGGAACUUCCAAAAGUAACAAAUUUAGAAGAACCACUGAUUAGUUUGUCAAGUCAGACCUCGGGAACUUCUGGAAGAGAUGCAACAUCUGAAUCCAAAGAUAAACCUAUCAGUGAUCUUGAAAGAAAUCGUCAGAGAGUUCUUACACAAAAUGUAUGCUGGAAUCCAGAUAAGAUUGAUACAUCUGAGACAGAUGCAAAAUGUGGAAUGAAAGAUGAAGCUUUGUCCGAUCUUGCUAAGACCCGUCAAAGAGUUCUCUUUCAAGACUGGAGGUCAAAAGAAAAUGUCAGUGCUGUAAAGAAUCCUAGUGUGGAUUCUGGAGUGACCAUGGAAUGGGAAAGGAAUAGACAAAAAGUGCUUGGAGAAGAGUUCAACAUUUUGACUGGAAUAAAAAGCUCAGAGUUUUCGGGUGAAACAAGUCAGCUUAAGGGUAUAGAAGAAACAUCACACUUAAGUGACCUUCAGAAAAACAGGCGAAGAGUUUUAGGUGAAGAGUAUAAUAUAUUGACUGGAGAAAAGACAUCAGCAAAAAAUAGCAGUGCAUCUAUACCUGCAGUUAUGACAACAACAGACUCGGGAGUUGGGACAUUGACAUUAGAAUCAGAAUGUGAAACCCAAUCAAAUGUAGUUUCUGAAACAUUACAGAAAGAAACAUCAGUUGCUAAAGUCAACCAGGAAUGUGAAAGCACUAAAUCUAAGCUGUCUGUUUGUUUAGAUGAAGGACUGAGUGGUGCAGACAAAAACCGAAAUGAAGCAAGUGACACACCCAGUUUUGAAAGACCCAAGAUCUUGCCUGUUGUGUCAAAUUCCUUUUCCUUUGUGUCACCUCUCACAACACCUUUAAGUCAUAAUGAUAUGCCGGUAUUUACAAAUCCGUUUAGAGGUACGAACAGUUUACCCAAUGAGCUACCCUUGACUACCCCACUCACAGAUUUCUGUGGUGAAAAUCCAAAGUAUUUUGAAGUUUGUGGUAUGCCAUUAACAUAUGACAUUGCUGACAAUUUUGCUCUAAAAUUUGAUACUCAAAUCAACUAUGAUCUGGUUUCGAGAGACACAGUGGAUCAUAAAAAAAGUGAUGAUGAAUUAUCUAAAGCUUUACCCAACACAUCAUGGAUAGAAUCAUCUUUGCAAACAUGUUUACUUCUUCCUUUAAGAGUGCAGUAUAAAUUUGUUUCCGCUGCACUCCUUCACCAUUUUUUGGUUGAUCUACGUCUGCUUUCCCACUUUCGAAGUUUAAGAUCCUAUUAUUUUAUGCAAGAUGGAGAAUUUGGUCGUCACCUCACUGUGAAAUUGUUCACCCAAAUGUAUCAGGUUUCAGCUCCUCAUCUCUUAUUCAAUCCAUCCUCAUUGGAGAGAAUAAUGAAAGAAGCGCUUGCUAGUUCGCAAGGCACAUCUGAUCCAAAUCACCACCUCAUUUCUCUAACUGCGGACAGAGCCUCUGUGCCUCAUCACUUUUCACAUUCUUCCCCAAAUGUACUUGAUUUUAUUCAACUAUCUUACAAAGUGAAAUGGCCUCUUAACUUAAUUCUGACACCAGAUGUACUUCAAAAAUACAAUGUGAUAUUUUUGUUUGUGAUACGUUUAAAACGAGUUGCAUGGCUCCUACAAGAAGACUUUGUUGCUUUGAAAAACACUGCUCGGGGAUGCUUCAAAGAACAACACAGAGAUCUGAUCAACUCACCUCAAUAUCAUCAGGUGCAAAUGAUUCGACAAAAUAUGAGCCAAUUUUUACAAGCAACCCUAAAUUAUGUUAGUAGCUCAGUGCUUUAUGCCAGCUGGGCAGACUUUGCAUCAUCAUUGAAGCAGGCAACGACUCUUGAUCACAUAUACAAUGCUCAUAUAGAAUAUAUAAAGCGUCUUUUAAAAAGAUGUCUACUGAACACCAAUUUCAAGAGAGUGGAGGGAGUUCUCUCAAAAAUCCUAGUUUGCAUUAUCAAGUUUCAUAGUAUUAUGAGAACACGUCCUUGGCAAAUGCCAAGCAAAGUACAAGGCCAACGAUCCAUCUUCUUAGAGCAUCCAAAUUUCCAGCAGUUGAUGGCUUGCUCUUCCCAUUUUAAGAUGCAGGUAUGCAAGCUCAUAAGUUACCUAGAAAGAAGCAUUUCACCUCCGAAUCAUCAUUAUUUUCUCUCUGAAUACCUUCUGCUCUUGAACAUAAAUGGCUUCUACAAAUCAUCUGAUUACAUUACACAUGCAGAAAAUGUCAAUGAAAUGGAAGGAAAAUCAUCUGUUAGCUCACAACCUACCAGCACGAGAACUUCUCAUGUGUCCUAGGGAAAUUUGAUUUCUUUUUCAGAUACAUAAAUGCCUUUUUGGUAAGCUAAUUUUAAAAGAUUUAUUACUUGUUCUUUUUUUAACUUAGUUGAUGGAUUCUAAGCAUAAAUGGAAACAUCUGGUCUCAAUAAAUGUGAUAUUAAUUUUUAUUAUUAAAAUUUUUGAUUAGUGAUUGAA